UUCAUUUCUUGGAGCUGUAUGUGCUUAAAAGAUAUCUGCAUUCUGCAACUGAACAUAUGAAGUUAAUGUGAUUCUCCCUUUCCCAUAAAUGUUUUCUACCACCACUUGUCAAUGUUCAUCUUCGUUUUUUGAGUUUUAACCAAGUAGAUGUCACGAAUGGAGACUUCCAGGGUUGGUUUCUGUUUAUUGCUUUCUGCAAUUUUCAUGGUUGUUCCUGUUUCAAUAGCUCACCUUACUCCAAGUGAAACCAGGCUUCUUUUCCAAGUUAAAAGACUCCUCCAAUACCCUGAAGUUCUUCAAGGAUGGACAAGAUGGACCAACUUGUGUUAUCUUCCUCCUUCUCCUUCUCUCAGCGUCGUCUGUUUAAACAGUCGAGUGACUGAGUUAACUAUCGUUGGAAACAAGAGCUCUUCAGCUGGACCGGCUUUGUUGGACAAAUUCUCCAUUGAUGCAUUGUUCACUGUCCUCACCAGGUUGUCUGAUCUGAAAGCAUUGUCCUUGGUGUCCUUGGGGUUAUGGGGUCCCUUACCACUAAAAAUCGACAGGUUUCGUUCACUCCAAUCUCUCAACAUGACCUUGAAUUUCGUCUCCGGGGAGAUCCCAAAGCAGAUUGCCUGGCUCCGGAAUCUAACCAGUCUGGUUUUGGCUGACAAUCUAUUCAAUGGGAGUGUUCCGGAUCUUACAAGCUUAACAUUCCUUCAAGAGCUGAGCUUGGAAGGCAAUCGCCUUGGACCUCAACUUCCUUCAUUAAGCCAGAGUCUUGUAAGUAUAACGUUAAGCAACAAUUCUUUUAGAUCUGAAAUCCCUUCAGGAUUGAAGAGAUUCAAUCGGCUUCAGAAGCUGGAUAUCUAUUCCAAUAGAUUUGUCGGGCCAAUCCCAUCGUUUCUAUUCUCCAUGGCUUCGAUUCAGUAUCUUAAUUUGGCACAAAACCAAUUAAGCGGGGCACUUCCUUCGACCACAUCUUGUAGUAAGAGCCUCACCUUUGUGGAUAUCUCAGACAACCAUUUGAUAGGAAAACUCCCAUCAUGCAUAGGAUCAAAUUCCAAGAACAGGACAGUCUUUAGUUCAUGGAAUUGUCUGUCUGCUGAGAAAUUGAAUCGCCAGCAUCCUUAUUCUGUCUGCAACAAACAAGCAUUUGCUGUUAAACCAGUCGAACGGAAGAAGCAGGAGCCCGGGAUCAACUUUGGCCUAAUACUCGGUAUCAUUGGAGGUGUUGUCAUGGCAGGAGCUAUUGUUUUGUUAAUUCUGGUCAUUGUUAGAAGAUCAAGAAGAUGUGAAGAUGCAAAUGAUGACAGAUCCAUUGCAGACAAAAUGUCGGUUCGUAGCUCUCCGAAACCAGCCAUUGAUUCAAGGCGUGUUCCCCAGACAAUGAGAUCGGCUGCAAUUGGACUUCCUCGAUAUCGUGUUUUCAGCUUGGAAGAAAUUGAAGAUGCAACCUACAACUUCGACCCAUCAAAUUUUAUGGGAGAAGGAUCCCAAGGACAGCUCUAUAAAGGUUGGCUUGUAGAUGGCUCAGUGGUGGUGGUAAAAUGUUUGAAACUAAAGCAGAAGCAUGCACCUCAAAAUCUGAUGCAACACAUGGAAGUUUUGUCCAAGCUAAGGCAUCGGCAUUUGGUUAGCGUUCUGGGACAUUGUAUUGUUACUUAUCAGGACCAUCCCAACAUUGCCAGUACAGUGUUUAUUGUUUUUGAGCACAUUUCCAACAGAUCACUCAAGGACUAUCUUACUGAUUGGAGAAAGAAAGAAAUACUGAAAUGGCCACAGAGAAUGGCAAUCACCAUCGGAGCUGCAAGAGGAGUCGAAUUCUUGCACACAGGGAUUUCACCUGGCAUUUACGGAAACGAUUUAAAGAUUGAUAAUAUUAUGUUGGAUGAGACUCUUACUGCCAAAAUUAGUGAUUAUAACAUCCCCUUGCCACUUAAGACAGGUUCAGAAAGCCCCCUUGCCAAUCGUCUUAGCAGUGAUGAGAAUGGUGAGAAGGAAGAUAUUUAUCAACUGGGGAUUCUUCUGCUACAAGUUAUUACAGGGAAACUGGCAACAUUCACAAGUGAACUGGAUGAGCUUAAACAUCAGCUGGAAAAGAGCUUGGCUGAAGGACCAGCAAAGUUGAGAGGUGUGAUAGACCCCUUGAUAAGGGGCACUUUCGCAUAUGGCUCGAUGAAAACCACUGUCCAAUUCACCAUCAAUUGCCUGUCCAAAGAUUCAACCAAGCGCCCUUCUAUUGAAGACGUUCUUUGGAAUUUGCAAUACUCGAUCCAAGUUCAGGAAGGAUGGAGCAGCAGCGGAAACCUUGCCACAUAUUUGUAAUACUUCAGCAAACCAUGAAUUAUCAUCUUCUGUAACUUUACAGCUGUUGCAAAAAAACAAACAAACAAAUGUGCAUGC